AGCACAAUUUAGACUGCUGAAGGAGUUUACAGUCACGCGCUAGUGCUGUGACAGGCAGUGUGAUUGUCAGUUUCAGUACAGUUACCCGAGUAGCUAGCUAGCUAUUCGCUUUUCUGAACACAUUGAUUUUGUGGCAGGUCGAGCAAAUAAACUGUUAAGAUAGGAGCUAAAUGGCAGACGUUGGAACGUGUCAUUCAUUAAAGGUUUGACGUUUUUCCAGUAAACAUUUCAAGUCAACAAGUCAGCUAAAGAUGGCCAGCAGGGAUGCCAGUGAGAGCACCCCUCUUUUGGACAGCAGCUCUGUGACUGUAAACAGACCUGUGUCAGUGUUCCAGGGUAGAAGACUGGCAUGUGCAACUAUUCUGCUGGCAGAAUCAUUGGAACGAGUGGCAUUCUAUGGCAUCACUUCCAACCUGGUCCUUUUCCUCAACAGUAGCCCAUUUUAUUGGGAGGGAACUCAGGCCAGCCAGGCACCACUGAUGUUCAUGGGGGUUACAUACCUGAUCUCACCAUUUGGUGGCUGGCUGGCUGAUGCAUAUCUGGGAAAGUUCUGGACCAUUGCUGGCAGUUUGAUCCUGUACUUCCUUGGCAUACUGUUUUUCCCAUUUAUCGCAAGUACAGACUCCAGGAAUACCCUGUGUGGUGAUGAAAUGGCAUUUCCAGUGCAACCUGCUGAGUGUUUGAGCAUAAACAGUACCCUUCCAAGCAAUGUGACCUGCCCCACACGGGCACCUUACUGUGGGCCAGUGAUCUACACUGGCCUUGUUCUAAUUGCCCUUGGUGUGGGAACAGUGAAAUCCAACAUCACUCCAUUUGGGGCAGACCAGGUAAAAGAUCGCGGCCCAGAGGCCACUCGCAGGUUCUUCAACUGGUUCUACUGGUGCAUCAACCUGGGGGCCAUCUUGUCCCUAGGUGGCGUGGCUUACAUCCAGCAGAACAUCAACUUCCAGUUGGGGUACAUCAUCCCAGCUGUGUGCCUGGGUGUCUCCUUUCUGGUGUUCCUGCUGGGGCGUACAGUCUUCAUCAACAAGCCUGCUGACGGUAGUGCCUUCACUGAUAUGUUCAAGAUCCUGGGUUAUGCCUGCUGCACCGCACAGCCCAAAGAGCCCAACCUGCUACGGGCUAAACCGACCAUGCUGGACAGUGCCAAGGUGACGUAUGGAGGGAGAUUCCCUGAGGAGAAAGUGGAGGAGGUGAAAGCAAUGCUUAAAGUUCUCCCAGUGUUCUUUGCUCUUAUCCCAUACUGGACUGUAUACUUUCAGAUGCAGACAACGUAUUUCCUCCAGAGCCUACAUCUAAGGAUUCCUGACACCAGCACAGGCACCAACAGCAGUGACGGCACCCUCCAGAUCACGUUCCGCUUCCCUGCCGCCUGGCUGACAAUGUUCGACGCAGUGCUUAUUCUCAUGCUGAUCCCCCUUAAGGACAAAGUGGUGGACCCCAUCCUCAAACGGAGAGGUCUGCUGCCCUCCUCCCUCAAGAGGAUCGCAGUGGGGAUGUUCUUCGUCAUGUGGUCAGCUGUGGCGGCUGGUAUACUGGAGACAAAACGACUUGAGAUCAUCAAAUCUAAUGGCACCAUCGACCAGGUCUUUGGCGAUGUCAUCUACUACGCAGCAGAUCUGCCCAUAUGGUGGCAGGUGCCUCAGUAUGUGCUCAUCGGAAUCAGCGAAAUCUUUGCCAGCAUCGCAGGUUUGGAGUUUGCCUACUCAGCCGCCCCCAGGUCCAUGCAGAGUGCCAUCAUGGGACUGUUCUUCUUCUUCUCUGGGAUUGGUUCCUUCGUGGGCUCCGGCCUACUGGCCAUCGUCUCGCUCAAGGGGAUUGGCUGGAUGUCCUCCCACAAGGACUUUGGUAACAUCAAUGACUCCCAGCUCAACUACUACUUCUUCCUGCUAGCGGGGAUCCAGGGCGUUACCCUGCUGGUCUUCCUCAUCGUGUCGGUCAAGUACGACAAACAGAAGAGUAGAAGAGCAGGAAGCCAGAGGCUGGGCAUCACUCCCUCUUGACCCCAGGACUGACCCCUGUCCGUCUGACUUCACCCUACCUGCCUUAGUGGUUAGUGCCAAAACACCUCUGUGAUUUGGUACAGGAUAGAGUUUGUUCGUUUUCCUCCUCAAUGGGUUUGUAAGACUAUUACAUUUUAAAGGAAAAAAAUGAGAUCAUGAGAUCAAGUUCAUCUUAAUGUAUAUUUAUUGUACAGUAACCUUAUUUAAGUGAUCAUUACAGUGUCUGAACCUGUUCUAUCUACAGAGAUCAGGGGUUUCUUGAAUACGAAUGGUGUAAUUUUCAAUCAUUUAAAUCAAUUAUUUAAUGUAAGCUGAUCAAAUAACUCACUCCUGUUGUCAGAUAAGUAUGGCAUUACACGACUGAGUGGCCUUUUCACUGGUAUCAUAGAUCAAUGAACAAUUUAAAACAAACCCCCCCAGACACACCACUUUGAAAAACCUUAGAUGCUUCAUCGACUUGUUACUGACUGAUCCAGUUUGUACUUGUUUGUUUGCUCUUAAAGCCUUUCUUCUUCUAGUGGAAUUGUGCCAUAUUCCGACUGUAUUGAACAUUACUCAAAAUUGUGAUUAGGGCCUUGGUGUUUGACAUUUGCUAGAUUGCUUUUUUAAACGUGUGGUUAUCAUUGACAUGUAUGGGUUGAAUAGAAAAGGAGCUUUUACUAACCAUUAUUUUCACCUACUGUAUGUGUUUUCAAUAUGGUACUAUGUUUUCAGUCUCUUAAUUUUGAACAAUGUCAUGCUGUUGUUCAUUUAUACAUAUACUUUGUUUUGAGAUCUAAAGUUACUUAAAUAUUGAAGGUUUGUAUUACAUUUGUCUGCUAAAUCCAUGAAUAAGGCUUAGACUAUUACUUUUCCACUAUACAAUGAUUUAAUCACACUUUAAUCUGAUUACAGAAAAAAAUGAUUACGUAUUAAAUGGCUAUAGUGCCAGCUGGUUCAA